AUGGAGUUAAUGAACAAAGAUGCAUUGAUGCUUAGAAUAGACUUAACGUCGCCUAUGAUGUCGUCUUUCAAACAAGACCCUAAGCUAGUCGCAGCGAUAAAUAGGCUAUAUAGUAGAGAAGAGGUAGUAGGAUCAGCAUUAAUAUUGCCUGAACGUAAAUUGAAUUUUACCGAGGUUCAAGAUCUUGUUAAACAAGCUUGUGAUGUCAAAGGGAAACCAGAUGAUAUAUUGACGAAUCAAGCAAAACUGCCUCGAAUUGGAGUAAUUAAGAAAAUUGAAGAGAUCUUGGCAAAUAUCAACAAUAGCGCUGCAGAAGAUGGUCCACCAAAAUUAAUUUUGAGGAACCAAAGGCUCUGGAGCAAUUGUAUUUAUGAUUUGGACCGCGUAACACUAAAAGCUUUCCACAACGCCAAAACUACAACAUUGUGUUACUCAAGCGCUGAGGAUAAAUCCCGUUUUAAUACAAUUAUAUUUAUCUUAACAAAAAUUCAUGAAUUACUUUCGAAGAACUUAACCGUUACUAGAAGAGAACUAUUCUAUCAAAAUGUGACUAGAUUUGGUAAUCAAUCCAAACUAGAUGUCGGUGUAAGGGAUGUAUGCUGUUUACUGGAUUCACCACCUUGGGAUUUAGGUAUUGUUGCUACUGCGAAAGGUCUUAUCGCUGGCCCUCUGAAUAUCUACCAAAGUGAUGGAACUAUUGUAGACUGUAUGACAUCUGGAGGUACAUUAAUACCACAAGACAUCAACGGUAUUAAAGAAUUUAAAUCAACAGCUAAAUACAUAUUAUUGGUGGAGAAAGACGCUAUCUUUCAAAAAUUACUCGAUGAAGGUGCAUUGAUUCGACUAGGACCAGUAAUUAUUUUAACGGGCAAGGGGUAUCCCGACGUAUGCACCCGUCAAAUGCUUUGCCGUUUAGUCAAGGAACUAAGAUUGAAGGCUCUUGCGUUAGUGGAUGCAGAUCCUCAUGGAUAUGAGAUUUUCUUAACAUACAAGUAUGGCUCUUUAGCUCAAUCCCAUUUGUCGGAGUCACUGGCGUGCAGCAGUUUGUUGAUGCUCGGCGCUCGGCAUCACGACAUCUUGACUCUUGCUCCCAAGGAGGCCCAACUAUCUCUCACGCUGCUAGACAAACGAAAACUUUCAUCUCUGAUUAAACGACCUUAUUUGAAUUCACCUGUAGGAGUCCGUAUAAAAAGUGAUCUAGAAGCUAUGCAGACCAAUGGUGUUAAGGCUGAGAUUGAAGCCGUAGCUGCUACAGCGCUCUGUGACUCUUACAUACCUGCAAAACUCAUACAGGGUGACCAUUUAGGAUAACUUUUAAAAAUCC